GAAAGCCGCCUUUGAAACCCAGAGAGAAAGCGAAGGAGAAAGUCACCCAGGUCCGCUUGUGGUUCAGAUGGCUUAAUCCGGAUUAGCGGCCCCUUAAUGUUCUCUCCCCUGCCGUGCGUCUCUACGGGCUCCCGGCUUUUUAAAAUUCACCCCUCUUCUUCCUGAAGGCUGGACCUCUUUAGGCAUUGCCCUGAUGGAGAUGGCGUGGGACGGGCUGGACUUAGCCCAGUUAUAAAAGUUUGUUCGCUUUUUCCCCCCAAAGUGUUUGGGGCGUUGAAGAAGAGAGGAGAAACGCGUCGACCGAAGAAACGGCCCGACGAGUGCAUUGUGGAAGAGGAGCAAGUGGCUUUCUGGAGUCAGCCCCAAACGCUCGAUGUGGAGUUGCUAUGGAGGAAGAUUCUGGCAGCAUCAUUGUUCUGGAAGGUGAUGAGGAUGAAAGAAUCUACCCAAGAGAGGAUCCCCAUUACUGUUCGAUAUAUGGCAAAAGUUUUGGUGAUCAGUCGAGCCUAAUGGAUCAUGAGAGACCCAAAGCAACUGAGAAACGAUACAAGUGUGCUGACUGCGGGAAAGGCUUCAAGAAAAGAUCGGCCCUCCUCACCCACGACCGGACUCACACGGGAGAAAAACCCUACAAAUGCUCAGAUUGUGGGAACAGCUUCAGUAAUAAAUCUAGCCUGACAAGACAUAAGAGGAAGCACACCGGAGAAAAGCCGUUCUGCUGCUUAAACUGUGGGAAACGUUUCAGCCAGAGCUCAAGUUUAAUCAGGCAUAUGAGGAAUCACACAGGCCUGAGGCCAUAUAUUUGCUCAGACUGUGGCAAAAGCUUCAAGCAGAGCUCCAGUCUCCUGGUCCAUGGGAGAACCCACACAGGAGAGACCCCAUACAGUUGUUCCAUCUGUGGGAAACGCUUUUCCCAGAGCUCAAAUCUUGUGAAACACGAGAGGAUCCAUAGUGGAGAAAAGCCUUACAGAUGCUCAGACUGUGGGAACACCUUCAGUAACAAGUCUAGCCUCACUAGACAUAAGAGAAACCACACAGGGCAGAAACCAUACAAAUGCUCCCAGUGUGGGAAAAGGUUCAAACAAAGUUCAGGCCUUCUUAAGCAUGAGAGAAUCCAUACGCGGCCCAGCUUCUCUAAAUACUCUGAUCCUACCUUGGAUCCGGAUUCCAACCUGCCUGUACAUGAGAGAGACCAUGUUGGAGAGACUGUAUAAAUGGCUUGCUCUAUAAACUAAGUUUUAUUUGACAUCAGUAAAAGAGGAUAGGGUUCAAAUAAAGCUGUAUUUGAAUAGUAGCAGGAGAGUGUUGGUUCACAGAUAAACAAAGCCUGCAGAGUUUGUGACUCUGGUCUCAGCUGUAUGGCCCAACCCUCUUUUCUUGCUGCUGUGCAAACAGUACCCAAAGGGAAGAUGUUUGAGAUGUGGUGACGGAGUUUCCAGAGUUCGACAGUUUUUACCUGUGAAACAAUUCUCUUGGGGGAAGAGAGUUCUUGUAGAGACAAUUUAGUUGAUUAUUAAUCAAAACACCCCAUUGUAUGGGAAAGGGAAAUAUUAAAACCUGUCUCAAGACCUGCCCUGCCGUUAAGUGAAAUAGCAAAUGCAGGUUGGACGUUGUCAGCCCUACAAGGUAGACCAGACCAAGAAACAGACGCCACGUAGACCUAAAACUACUUUUAUU